AGUUGGUGCCAUGUCGCUCAAGAAUCUCAAACCGAUCACCAUCAAGCGCAACCCGUCGCUGCCCGACGGCUACCAAUUAUUUCCUAUCGCAGACAAGUGGGCGGAGCUGCUGCCAGAGCGAAUUCCGCUCCAGUUUUCAAUCUUCCGCUACUUGGGAUUCUAUGUGGCCUGUACCAAGAACGGCAAGUCGACAGUUGUCAGGUCCCGCGCAGUCUCGGCGCUGCGUGUGACUAUCCAGAACGAGGACAAGGUGGUGUUCAACGAGCGAGUGAAUACUGCCUUCCCCAACGGCGUCUACUACGUGCAAGACAUCCGUUUGGAGAACCCUGGUGUACACACUGUAUGUGUAACGGUGGAAGGAGGACUGGCCGACGACUUAGCGCCGCUCGUGCUCAAGACGCAGGUGUUUGAGUUCAUGGAACUGCAUGAGUGUCCGGACUUGGAGAAAGGAGCAUAUCAGCCGCUGCGCGAAUUCGUACUCAAUUGCAUCAAAAAUGGGCAUCGCGAGCAAUUGCGUGACGACUCAUUCCUUGAGACCUACGUCCGCACGAAGAAGCACUCGCUGCGCAACAUGGAUGCAAGGAAAUACUCGUGUCGGACCACACACAAGCGAAAACAAGCUCAUCCUAGCCGCACGGCGGACAAGAAGGAGCACGAUAAUUUGUUCGCGCGUCGGAAACGGGACUGGAAGCGUGUGCGCGCUGGAGACCUGCGAAUGAUAACAACGGAGCCACUGCACGCGGGGGCAACAACUACAGUGUACAGCAGCAAGGAAAUGUUCCGCCAGCUCAGUCUGUACGCUCAAGUCUAG